AUGGCUGAUGUCGAGGCCCUGCGGAGGGGCAAGAAGCUGUUUAUUCAGAAAUGCGCCAUGUGCCAUGCCACACAUCCCCAAGCGCCGCACAAGUCGGGCCCCAAUCUGGCGGGGUUGUUUGGCCGUCAAACUGGUCAAGCGCCCAAUUAUCCCUACACCGAUGCCAAUCGCUCAAAAGGCAUCACCUGGACCCGGGCCACGCUGGACACGUACUUGAUUGAUCCUCGCAAGUACAUUCCCGGCACGAAGAUGAAUUACCCUGGCCUCAAGGAUGCAGGCCAGCGCCAAGACUUGAUUGCCUUUUUGGAAAAAGCCACAGCCUGUGCCGACGGUCACCGCGAAGCUUUUGGCCUUUAAAGCAAACGUCCAGUUUGCCCGCCACCUCUUUGCGUUGCGCCUUUGCGCAUUCUGCUGAGCCAUGCGUGCUUGCCUCGGCUUUCUGCAAACAAACACACACACACACACACAUACAUACACACCAGACUUUUGACCCUCUCGACCUCCAGCUGCCUUUGUCGCUUUUGCCCUGAGUCCCCUCCAAGGGGAUCUCUCCUCCUUUGAAAUGAACUUUAUACAUGAACUGGC